AGUGCAAUUUUUCCUCGAGGAAAGGAAAAAUUAUUCUGAAUUUGUGGAAAAUGAUAGCAGGUUUAAAAAAAAAAAAUCAUUUUCACUUUUGAUUUGAAUUCAUGGAAGAUCCUGGCAUAGAGCCAAAUGUCUUUACUUCUACGUACAGAGUCCGGAUUUAACUCGAUAGAGUCGAUACAUGCAGCUGGUCUAGGACAACAAAUUGUUCAAGAGAGUAUAGUUAACAGAAUGGAUGUAAAGCCUCUUCGCCAAGCGGACUUGAAAAACUUUAUUUCAUAUAAAGUUGAGGAGAUCUUGGAAUCCAAAAUAUGGACAGAAGAAAGAAUUAGAGCUACAUCAAGAAAAACAGAUCAAAGUUUAGAAGAAUCUAAACUUUUCCUGCAGAUCAUUAUAAAAGUGUUAGAAAAUAAAAGAUCUGCUGAGGAGCCUAAAGUCGUAAAUCUUGUAUCUGUCUUGGCAUCUUCGAACUUUCAGAAAUAUCUUCAGCGUAUACUACUGUCUGUAGCUUCUGAGAACGAUCUAUCAGCUGUGGAAAAUAUCAUAUGCUUUUUACGUCAUUUAUGUGGAAGAUCUCCUUCAUCUGCACAUGAAUUUUAUGAACUAGCUACAGUAACAGAAGAGAAAAUAAACAGACUGAUCGAGAAAAGUGCUGAUGACCAAAAUGACAGCCUCUUGGAUUUCAAAGAAGAUAUCGAAUCCUUUAAAGAAAUUAUCAAAGAUAAUGCUACGAAACCUAAUGAAAAUAGGGAAGAACAGAAAAAAGUAAUUAGAAAGCCACCAAAUAAUUUCAGAGAAAUCCCUAUUCUACCAACCAUCGACGAUAUUUACAAAACGCCGUUCUUGAGACCAAAUCUCCGUGAUUCAUCAUUUGAGAAUUUGGAUGACUAUCUUGAUGUACAGUUUCGAUUGCUCCGGGAAGAUUGUAUUGCACAGUUACGAAGUGGGAUAAUUGAAUAUCUUGGCGCCAAGCUCCUAGAAAAAACGGAGGUUCGGAGAUUACAAGAUGCCAGACUUUAUAAACAUGUUACUAUCGAAGGCGAAAAAGAGAUUACUCUAGAUGGUCCCAUGCAUACAAUCAAGCUUGAUAUGAAUCAGGUAACGAGAAUUAGAUGGGAACGCAGCAGCAGAUUAAUUUUUGGUUCGUUACUCUGCAUUUCACCAAAUAACUUUCAGACUUUGUACUUUGGCGUCAUUGCUGAAUCUGAUAAUGAGGUCAUAAAGAAAUCUGGAAGAAUAAAAGUUCUUAUAAAAAGACAGAAAGGUGCUCCUGAACUGAGGAAGGGAUCGGUCGUAACAAUGGUGGAAAGUGUUGCGUACUUUGAGGCAUAUCGGCAUGUUCUGCAUUGUCUACAAAACAUAAAAGGUGAAAUGCCAUUUGAAAGAUAUAUCGUACACUGUGAAAGGGACAUACAGAAACCGAGAUAUUUGAGAGGGAAUGAUUUUGUCAGAUACGAUUUACAACCGAUUGUCUCGCAGUCACCAAUAUUUCAAAAGAAGGGAGGGAGUAUGAUGAAGUACACUAUUGCUCAAAGACGUCGUUUAGCCUUUCAAAAUCAAGAAAAAAAGCUUGAAAUUCCCAUUUUAAGCAAAACCAGAUGGCCAAGGGCGAACGACCUGCACCUUGACAAAUCUCAGUAUGAAGCCUUUAAGUCUGCUUUGACAAAAGAGUUUGUGCUAAUACAAGGUCCUCCGGGUACAGGUAAAACUCAUCUUGGACUGAGAAUAGCUAAAGCAUUGCUACAUAAUGCCGAACACUGGAGGGGCGAAAGCGAUAGAAGUGUUGCAGUAGCCAAUGACAACAAACAAGAAGGUACAGUACAUCCAAUGUUAAUUGUAUGCUUCACAAAUCAUGCCCUUGAUCAGUUUCUAGAGGGAAUGAUUGAUUUUAUGGAUCCAGAAAAUCAGACAGAAUGGAAACAGAUGAUUGUUCGGGUAGGGAGUCGAAGUAACAGUGAAAAAAUAGAAGAAUUUAUGCUGAAAAACAGAAGAAAAUCAUUCAGGAAAUCUCACGUCGAUUAUGGAACAUUUGAAAAAGAACUCAAGAGUAUACAUAAAAAGAUCUGUGCUUUGAAAUGGAUGAUAUCUUGUACUCAAGAAAAUAUUUUAGACGAAAACGUUUUGAGUAUUUUCGUUGAUGAAGUUCGCAUGCUUACUGAACCAGAAAAGCAACCGAAACCAGAGAAGCAAUCGAAACCAGAGAAGCAAUCGGAACCAGAGAAGCAAUCGGAACCGGGGAAGCAAUCGGAAAUGACAUUCAGCAUGAUGGAAUGGCUGAAUGUAAAUGAGACAUACUUCAAAGAGGCAGCAUUUGAAAAGUAUGAAAACAUAGACAAAGAACAAAACAAUAUUGAAACUAAGGAUUCUACAGAAGUUGAGGAACUCAUUGAUAUUGAAACAGAAGGGGAUCUCACAAAAAACGAAAGGAUGAUUGAAGAAGAUGAUUUCGAAAUGGAUUAUAAUUUCAAAGAAAUCGGAAUCAGUGUUGAGUCAGUUUUGCUUCAAUUGAAAUCAGAUCCAAAUCUCUCUGAAGACUUUGUAAAACUACUAGAAAAUGAAGCAUCAAUUGUCAAGAACUAUCUUCAUAAAAGUAAAGCAAUGACAGAAGGAGAAAUGAGGACGAAAAUACGUGAUCUAUGGAAUUUAGCGAUCAAAGAUAGAUGGAGAAUGUAUAAAUAUUUUGAGAAGAAAUUUUGUGACGUUCAGGAAAGAACAAUACUCAAACUCACGGCCAAAUAUGACGCAAAAUACAAAGAUUAUUUGCUUGAAAAAAAUUAUGUUGACAAGGAAAUAUUAUGCAGUUCCCUAGUAAUUGCGAUGACGACUACUGGUGCUGCUAGAUAUCAGACUAUCCUCAGUGAUAUUGGACCCAAGAUUAUUAUUGUAGAGGAAGCUGCGGAGGUUUUAGAGGCUCAUAUUAUAUCUACACUGAGUAGUCACUGUGAACAUUUAAUCCUGAUCGGAGAUCAUAAACAAUUAGAACCAAAACCUUCGGUUUAUGAACUUGCCGAACAGUACAACUUGGCUUUAUCGAUGUUUGAGAGAAUGAUUGAGAACAAACUCGACUUCAACUGUCUUUUGCGCCAACACAGAAUGCGACCAGAAAUUUCAGACCUUGUACGGGAUUUUUAUCCUGGGCUAGAGGACAAUGAAACUGUUUUCAACCGGAAUCACGUGUUAGGUAUCGAGAAAGAUGUGUACUUUAUCUCUCAUACACAUGAUGAAUAUCAGAAAGGAGAAACACAAAGUUACUCAAAUGAGUUUGAAGCACAAUAUAUCAAGAGAUUGACAAGAUACCUAUUGCAACAGGGAUACAAAAGACAAGAAAUUACUAUAUUAACUCCUUACUCUGGCCAGAUGUUUUGCAUACGCGAUUUAAUGCCAAAAAGUGAGUUUGCGGGAAUAAGGAUUUCAAUUUUAGACAAUUACCAGGGUGAGGAAAACAACAUCAUCUUACUUUCUCUGGUUAGAAGCAACAGAGAAGGUAGAAUUGGAUUCCUUAAGAGAGAAAAUAGAAUUUGUGUCGCUUUAUCGAGAGCAAAAAAUGGGUUGUAUGUGAUUGGAAACUUCAAAAUGAUUGAAAAAUUCACACGCAAACCGCACUUACUUCGGUCCGCUAUUGACAAAAUGAAGAACUCGGAUUCUCUCGGAGUUGGGUUGCCUCUAUAUUGUCAAAAUCACCCUGGUACUCAAAAAAUCAACGCCAAAUCUCCGGAUGAUUUCGAUCAAGCCCCUGAAGGAGGAUGCUCUUUGCCUUGCAAUUUUGAUUUGAAAUGUGGUCACAAAUGUUCUCAUGUUUGUCAUCCUUAUGACAAAGAACAUUUAGACAUUAGAUGUAUUCAGAAGUGUGGAAAUGCUUGCGAAAGAGGUCAUAUUUGUCAGAAAAAUUGUCAUUUUCCAAGCCCUUGCAGAUGUAGAGUAACAGUGGAAAAACUCCUGGAAUGUAGCCACACAGCAAAGUUACCAUGCUGUCAGGAACCUGAAACAUAUGAUUGCCUUGUGAGAGUCACUAAAAUGUUGGACUGCGGCCAUGAUACGAGUACAGAUUGCUGGAUACCGCCAGGGAGCAUUGAUUGUAAAAUAAUCGUAACACGAAAAUUGCCUUGUGGACAUUCAGUUGACCUGAAUUGCUAUAUCAAUUAUGAGGAGUAUGACUGUCAGGAAAUUGUGAAAAGAACUAUUCCAAAGUGCGAACACAAUGUAGAAAUGAAAUGCUUUAAAAACGUUAAUGUAUUCAAAUGCCCAACAGAAGUCACUGAGAAAAGAAAUGACUGUGAUCAUAACUUCACGCGCCCAUGCCAUGUUUCAAGCAUGCUUUUCCAAGUACGAAAUAAAUGUUCAGAAAUAGUUUCGAAGACGUUUCCAUCAUGUGGACAUUCUGUUGAAGUAGAAUGCAACAUUUCCCUACGGAAUCUAAAUUGUGAAAUCAGUGUGUGUACCAAUUUCACGUGUCACCAUGACAAUAUACAAGUAAAAUGUUACCUGAAAGACAAGGAAAAAUGUAAAUCACAGUGUGGUUUAAUUUGUUCCAUGGGCCAUAGGUGUUCCAGGACAUGUCAUUUUCCUGAUCAAUGUCUGUGUGGAGAACUUGUGAAAAAAAGUCUUCCUCUCUGUGGUCAUAUGUUGUCAUUAAAAUGUUCUGAAAAUGUUGAAAAAGUUAAGUGCCAAACUAAAGUUUUGAAGUCGCUAAAGUGUGGCCAUAGUAAAAAGAUGGCAUGCCACAUCGACGUAUCUCAGGUGAAAUGUAUGGAGAAUGUGGUGAAAAUAUUGAAUUGUGGGCAUGAGAAGGAAGUUCUAUGUUACAAAGAUAUCAGCGACAGUGACAUUCAAUGUCGAGAGAAUGUUAGAAAGACUUUACGAUGUGGUCAUGAACAGACACUGCUUUGUUACGUAGAUCCAUUGGGUAUCAAGUGCACGGAGACAGUUAGAAAGAGGUUGCCCUGUUGCCACGAACAAGAGGCAGAGUGUUGGAGAAAAAUUACCGACGUUCAAUGCAAAACUUUGAUUGAAAAAACAUUGCCCUGUGGACACACUGCUAUUACACAUUGUUACAGCAAACCAGAGUCAAUUGAUUGCACGGAAAAUGUAAUAAAACCAAUGACAACGUGUCAUCACUCGAUGUCAAUGAAAUGCUGUGAAUCUCCACGAAAAAUGAAGUGCAAACGGCUAGUUGAAAUAAUGCAGCCAGAAUGUAAUCAUAUCAAUCGCAUUGCUUGCCAUUUACACCAGGCAUUCCAGGGGGCUUCAAAUUCGAAACUUCCUCAAUGUACAUCCAAUGUAAUUACAACGGAAGUUUGUGGGCAUGAUGUCACUAAUCCUUGUAUACAACCCAAUAAGAAUGUCUGUCGAGAACGAUGCACGUAUACACUGGCUUGUGGACAUCCUUGCGCUGGAGAUUGUGACAAAUGUAAUGGCGGUCUAACUCAUCAGCCAUGUGCAAAGAAAUGUGAACCAUAUCUUGUGUGUGGGCACGAGUGCAAGAACAACAUUUGUUUUAACUGCAAAUCUUGUGAGAAACAAUGCAUGGCCAUGUGCUCACAUAAAGUUUGUAAACAUGUAUGUAGUCAACCAUGCGUCCAGUGCAUAGCACCGUGUGACUGGUCAUGUCCUCAUUUCACUUGUAAUCUGCUCUGCUAUGAACCAUGCGAAAGACCAAGGUGCAGCGAAAAAUGCCCUAUUGUAUUGUUAUGUGGACAUAAAUGCGCUGGUAUUUGUGGAGAACCUUGUCUCCAAAACUGCAUCGAAUGUAACACAAAAGCAGGAAAAAAACUCCCUAACAAAUCAAGACUGGUCCAGCUUCAAUCCUGUGGACACAUAUUCACAGCGAAUGAAUUGGACGCAGUUUUGGAUUCACAGGGAAAUGAUAUUCUUAGAGUUCUACGUUGUCCGUCAUGUCAAAAAGCUGUUGUUUACCAUCCAAGAUACAAUAAAAUACUCAAAAAGCAAGCACAAAUUGUGAACAUGAUGAAGACUCAGAUAGAAUUAGCAAUCAAAUUCGGAGGUAUAUCCACUUUUCCGACUAUAUUUGGUGAUAGCAUGGAAUGUGAAAAGUACGCAGCAGAAUUUGGAACGUUUUUAUCUGCGAUUGGACGAAAACUAGAAGAAACAGAUGCGAGUAACCUAAAGCGUUCUCUUCAUUUUUUACAUGUUUUAAAAAAGUCUUUGACAUGUAAUUCUCCGAAUUACCAAUCUGUUAUCGACAUUUACAGGAUUAUGGUUAUCGUUAGUUAUAACUGGACGUUGUUGGUGAUCAAACUUGCCAGAAAUGAUAUUGUUGAGAGUCUAACGAAUGCAGAGACAUCGGGCGAAAGAACAUUGCAAAAUGACGCCAUUUGCGAGAGAGAUGUUCAUUCUUCAGUGAAAGAAUUUGAGGAUGAAAUUAGUCAAAUUGAACAACUUUUGAAUUUUCCAGGAAAAUUUUCAUCUUCGACUAAAAACGAUGUAGAUAAAUGCAUUGAUUCCAUCAAACCCUUGUUAACAGCACAGGUAGUAAGACGAAUUAGGAAAGCUGAGGGUUUCCCAAAGCCAAUUGGAAUUGUGGAUUGUCACAUUGAUAGUUGGACGAUGUGUGGAAAUGGGCACCCAUUCUGUGAAUAUGAAGAUUACCAGACGUGUUGUACUUGUCAGACAUCCAGAUCCAUAUUUAAAUAUCCAUUUACUUCGCAAUCAACAUCCUCUUACGAAUAUGAAAAACAGGGAGCUCGUCCAAAACAACAUUUGAAUCGAAGUACAAUAUCAAACCCGGAUAUGGGCUAUGCUCAACAAGACAAAAUGAAAAACGAGAAGUCUUUAUCAUCAGAGCGGUUUGGUAGAUUUGAAAAUAACUCUUCCAUAAAGCCAAAGAGUGAAACAGAGCAAGAACACGGAAAAAGAAGAAACAGAAGUGACAGGUUUGCAAAGCAACCUACUCACGACACUAUGCAGACAGAAGACACAAACAUGUACUUAGAGUCCAUGAUAAGGGAGAUAACCCAGAGUGUACCCAAUCCUUACCGCGACUCCCAAAAAAGGAAUGGACGACACAACGGGAAAAGGGGAAACCACAGAGAUCAGUAUGCUAAUACACGGAAUCAAAGUUUAAACUCGCGCGAAGAUUGGUCAGCAAAUCAUGAAUUCCAACACGAAAACUUUUCAGAACAACAUGCGCCUCGUGGUGGACGAGGAGGAGGCAGGGGCAGGGGAAACCGUGGAAGAGGAAGGCAACGAAGAUCAAAUAAACGAAAGUAAUUGACAAUGAAAUCGGGUGGUUAAUGUUACUAUUCGCAACAUAUAAUUAUAUGCAGUUUUUAUGUAGACUUUAAAACAUGUAUUACCAGUUAUUCAAAUAUAUUCAUCGUGUAAGUUAUACUACGCAUGUACAUGUGCUUCUUCGACAAUAAGCGGAUCUUGAACAAUUCUUAGGUAGACUGUUGAGAAGUAUAAAGCGGGGAAUUGGUUUUGAUCGAUUCCAUGUUAACAUUUGUGAAUUUAAUUUAGUGUUUCUAUUCAAAAUAUGAUUGAAUCUAAAUUGUAAUUUGAAAACAUUUAGGUCACAGUAAAUAUUUGUAAUUUUUAAAUAAGACCAUUAUACACAUUCAAAUGGUUUUAAGGCUGUAGAAUUUGUUGUCAUCUAGAUAAAGUUCAAAUUUUACAAUAAAAGUUUUGAAUGUGAA